AUGUCCCUUCCCAGUGUCCGCCGUGUUCUCCUAGCAUUCACUUGUCUUCCCCUGGUGUUUGCUCGCUCUGUAAAAAGAGCAGACACAGGGAAUGCGCGUGUUCUGAUUCUUGGCGGUGGCGUCGCUGGUGUCAUCGCGGCGCGCACGCUUCACAAGCAAGGCAUCACGAACUUCACGAUAGUCGAGGCGCGAGGCGAAUUGGGUGGUCGCUUGCAGACUGAAACGUUCGGCGCUCCUGGGAACGAGUGGAACAUUGAGCGAGGAGCAAACUGGGUGCAGGGUACGCAGACCGACGACGGCCCAGAGAAUCCAAUUUGGUACUUAGUGCAGAAGCACGGCCUGAAGACACAAUACAAUGACUGGUACGGAAGCGUGUCGACAUAUGAUGACACGGGACCUGUGGACUACCUUGACGUGUUCAACGACUCGUCCGACGAGUACACGACGCUCACCGUCGUCGCGGGUGCUCGCGUGCCCAAGAAACAGGUGGACUUGACCGCUCGUGCGGGGUACUGGCUAAUCGACGCGAAGCCGAGGACGCCGGCAGAGAUGGCAUGCGAGUAUUACCAGUUUGACUGGGAGUACGCGCAAACGCCGGAAGAAUCCUCGUGGAUCGCGAGCUCAUGGGGAAACAACUACACGUAUGACACGGACGUGGGCGGAUUCUCGGAGACGAACCAGAUGUCGAUCGACCAGCGUGGGUUCAAGUACUUCAUCCAGGCGGAGGCUGCCGAGUUUCUGCUGCCAAGCCAGGUGAUGUAUGACGCGACAGUGCAGAAUAUCACCUACUCUUCGGACGGGGUCGAGGUUGCCCUGCUUGACGGGACAACGCUCAGCGCGGAUUACGUGCUGUGCACGUUCAGUCUCGGGGUGCUGCAGAACGACGAUGUCGUGUUUAACCCUCCGCUCCCCGAUUGGAAACAGGAGGCGAUCCAGAGUAUGGUCAUGGCCACAUAUACGAAGAUAUUCCUGCAAUUCCCGCAGAACUUCUGGUUCGACACUCAGAUGGCCAUCUACGCCGACAGGACGCGUGGGGCGUAUCCUGUAUGGCAAAGCCUCGACAUCACGGACUUUUUCCCCGGGUCCGGAAUUGUCUUCGUGACCGUCACUGGUGAUUUCUCGGUGCACGUCGAGGCGCUCUCUGAUGGUGAGGUGCAAUCCGAGGUGCUGGGGGUGAUGCGCGCGAUGUUCCCGAACGUGACGGUCCCUGACCCGCUCGCGUUCUACUUCCCACGGUGGCACAGCGACCCGCUCUUCCGUGGGUCGUACUCGAACUGGCCCGCGUCCUUCUUCAGCGGGCACCACGAGAACCUGCGAGCGACGGUCGAGGAGCGCCUGUGGUUCGCGGGCGAGGCGACGAGCCAAAAGUAUUUCGGUUUCUUGCAUGGAGCGUAUUUCGAAGGUUUGGACGUGGCCACCACCCUGGCUGAAUGCAUCAAUGGCGGUGGUUGUGCGGGCCUGCGCCACGUCCCAGAGAUCACCAACGCGUAUCCGUAUGUGGUCUAG